CAAGCAUCCGGAAACAGUCCUGCGAGUCAUAGUCUGAAUGUUGUGAUUUCAUUUUCCUUUUACCUGAUUUUUAUAAAAUCGCUUAUUCAUGACAGAUGCACCAAUGCCGUAUUUAAAAAUUCUCAUAUUAUAUUGCAGAAUCUGUCCAAAGCUGAUUAUGAAGUAAUUUAUUCAAGUGUGAUGUUGCGCAUUUGAAUGAGCGAAAUGAAGGAAAAUAUGGCUGCCGAGAAGGUGACAUUGUCUGAUGCGCUUUCUAAUGUGGAUGUCCUUGACGAGUUGCCUUUACCUGAUCAACAACCAUGUAUUGAAGCUCAGCCUUGCAGCAUUGUAUAUCAUGCAAAUUUUGAUACUAAUUUCGAAGACAGAAAUGCUUUUGUGACCGGAGUAGCAAAAUAUAUCGAAGAAGCUACUGUUCAUGCAGAAUUGAAUGAAAUGUUGGAAGAAGGUGAAGAGCAUGCAGUAAUGCUUUACACAUGGCGAUGUUGUUCUCGAGCCAUACCUCAGCCUAAAUCAAAUGAACAGCCUAACAGAGUGGAAAUCUAUGAGAAAACUGUGGAGGUUUUGGCACCUGAAGUGAAUAAACUCCUUAAUUUUAUGUAUUUUCAGAGGCGAGCUAUUGAACGUUUUAGUGCUGAAGUGAAAAGGCUUUGCCAUGCUGAAAAGCGGAAGGAUUUUGUUUCUGAAGCAUAUUUAUUAACUCUAGGAAAAUUCAUUAAUAUGUUUGCUGUUCUUGAUGAAUUAAAGAACAUGAAGUCUAGUGUGAAAAACGAUUAUGCUACGUACAGACGUGCUGCCCAGUUUUUAAAAGUUAUGGCUGAUUCUCAAGCCUUGCAAGAAUCGCAAAACCUCUCAAUGUUUUUAGCAACACAAAAUAAGAUAAGGGAUACUUUGAAGGAGAGUCUUGAAAAAAUACCUGGUUAUGAAGAGCUAUUAGCUGAUGUUGUUAAUAUUGCUGUUCAGAUGUAUGAGUAUAAGAUGUAUAUGCUUCCAAGUGAAAAACACAUGUUGGUUAAGGUGAUGGGUUUUGGUUUAUUUCUUGUUGAUGGAGAAAUAUGUAAUAUAAAUAAAAUGGAUCAAAAGAAACGUGUGAAUAUAGCUAAAAUUGACAAAAUAUUUAAGCAACUGGAAAUGGUUCCUCUGUUUGGUGAUAUGCAGAUUGCUCCUUUCAAUUAUAUUAAGCGUAGUCCACACUAUGAUCAGUCACGAUGGCCAUUAGCUAGCUCCAGUUCCCCAAGUCCUCAGUCUGAUUUGUUGCAGUACUUGCCGACUAUUAGAGAUGAAUAUGUCAGAUAUAUAAGUGAAUUAGCACGCCACAACAAUGAGGUAACUACAACAGUAAAGGAAACACCUCGUACCGAUUGUGAGAAUAAGGAACUAACAGAAUUAUCACUUAGAGGCCUUCAGCUGCUCUCUGAUUGGAGUACUCAUGUUACAGAAUUAUACUCGUGGAAAUUGAUGCAUCCAACAGACCAUCAUCAAAAUAAGGAGUGUCCUCAAGAAGCUGAAGAAUAUGAACGUGCAACUAGGUAUAAUUAUAGUGAUGAAGAAAAAUUUGGUCUAAUAGAGGUUAUUGCCAUGAUAAAAGGACUUCAGGUGUUGAUGAGCCGUAUGGAAACUGUGUUCACUGAUGCCAUAAGAAGGCAUGUGUAUGCAGAAUUACAGGAAUUUGUACAAAGUACCUUACGUGAGCCCUUAAGAAAAGCUGUAAAAAAUAAGAAAGAUCUUAUUCGUAGCAUAAUUUUAUCAGUUCGAGAGACUUGUGCUGACUGGUUAAGAGGAACAGAGCCGCAAGAUGACCCAGCUUUAAAAGGCAAAAAGGAUCCCGAGAGUGGUUUUGAAAUAAAAGUUCCUCGUCGAAACGUUGGUCCAUCCAGUACUCAAUUGUAUAUGGUCAGAACAAUGUUAGAAUCUUUAAUUGCUGAUAAAAGUGGUGGUAAAAGAACCCUUCGAAAAGAUAUUGAUGGCCCUUAUUUAAUAGCAAUAGAUGUCUUCCACAAAGCAUCAUUUUACUGGAACUACUUAUUAAACUUCAGUCAAACGCUACAAGAAUGCUGUGAUUUAUCCCAGUUGUGGUAUCGAGAGUUUUACCUUGAGAUGACUAUGGGAAAAAAGAUUCAGUUUCCAAUCGAAAUGUCUUUGCCAUGGAUUCUGACUGAUCAUAUCCUUAAUACCAAAGAUUCUUCAAUGAUGGAGUGUGUCCUCUACCCUUUAGAUUUGUAUAAUGACAGUGCAUACUAUGCUUUAACAAAAUUCAAAAAGCAGUUCCUAUAUGAUGAAGUUGAAGCAGAAGUCAAUUUAUGUUUUGAUCAGUUUGUUUACCAAUUGAGUGAGCAGAUAUUUACAUAUUACAAGCACCUUGCAGGAAGCAUUCUCCUUGACAAAAGAUUCCGUGCUGAAUGUGCCAGUUAUGGAACAUGCUUCCACUAUCCUCCUGCAAACAGAUAUGAAACAUUGCUGAAACAGAGACAUGUCCAAUUGUUGGGCCGUUCGAUUGAUCUUAAUCGAUUAAUAGCACAGCGAGUGAAUGCUGCUUUGCAGAAAUCUUUGGAUCUCGCAAUAAGUAGAUUUGAAGCUGGAGAUAUAACUGGUGUCUGUGAGCUGGAAGGAUUAAUCAGUGUCAGUAAAUUGACUCAUAAACUUUUAGGAAAAUAUAUCACUUUGGAUGAUUUUGAUGCAAUGUUCCGGGAAGCUAAUCAUAAUGUCCUUGCUCCAUAUGGUCGCAUAUGUCUUCAUGUGUUUUGGGAACUGAAUUUUGAUUUUCUGCCAAACUACUGCUAUAAUGCAGCAACUAAUAGGUUUGUGAAAAUAAAAGAUAUUACUUUUACACAACCAGUUGCACGGGACAAGCCACCAGCUGCACAACCUCAUUUCUUUUGGGGCACUAAGGCUCUCAAUGUUGCAAAUAGCACAAUAUAUGGGAUGUAUAGUGGAUUUGUCGGUGCCCCUCAUUUCCGCUCUAUUUGCCGUUUGCUUGGAUAUCAAGGCAUUGCUGUUGUCAUGGAAGAACUGCUUAAAAUAGUGAAAAGCUUAAUUCAGGGAACAUUGCUUCAGUAUACAACUACAUUGAUGAAUGUUAUGCCCAAACUAUGUAAAUUACCUCUGUAUGAAUAUGGAUCUCCAGGGGUUCUGCACUAUUACCAAGCUCAGCUAACUGACAUUGUACAGUACUCUGAUGUAAAAACAGAAAUGUUUCAAGGAUUUAGGGAAGUUGGGAAUGCUAUCCUGUUCUGCUUAUUAAUUGAGCAAAAUCUGUCUCAAGAGGAAGUUUGUGACUUGCUUCAUGCUGCUCCAUUUCAAAAUAUAUUGCCACGACCAUACUGUAAAGAUGGAGAAAAGCCAGAGACAAAAUUGAAAAGGCUUGAAGCAAAAUAUGCGCCUUUGCAAGUUGUUCAAAAUGUUGAGCGAUUAGGAACUCCAAAGCAAGCUGCCAUUGCUAGAGAAGGUGAUUUGCUGACUAAAGAGCGUCUUUGUUGUGGUCUUUCAAUAUUUGAAAUAAUUCUCACAAGAAUAAAAUCCUAUCUAGACGAGCCUGUUUGGAGUGGUACGCCACCAAUGAAUGGUGUAAUGAAUGUGGAUGAAUGCACUGAAUUCCAUAGACUGUGGAGUGCUCUUCAGUUUGUUUAUUGCAUUCCUGUUGGAGAAAAUGAGUUCACUGUUGAGCAGUUAUUUGGUGAAGGUUUAAACUGGGCUGGAUGCACUAUGAUAAUGCUACUAGGCCAGCAAAGGAGGUUUGAAGCCCUUGACUUUUGCUAUCAUAUUUUAAGGGUUCAAAGAAUUGAUGGAAAAGACGAAGUUGUCAAAGGAAUUCCACUAAAGAGGAUGGUUGAUCGCAUUAGAAGAUUUCAAGUGUUGAACAGCCAGAUUUUUGCCAUUUUAAAUAAAUAUUUAAAAUCUAGUGACACUGACAAUUUACCUGUUGAACAUGUACGUUGUUUCCAGCCUCCAGUUCAUCAAUCCUUAGCAGCUGUUUCUGGCCCACAAAGUGCAACAACUAUUUACAUGAGACCUGAUGGAAUAUCAAAAUAAUGACUUUAAAGACUUAACUAUAUUUCCUAGGUCUCUUGUAUAGCCAAAAAAGAAAAGAAAUAUAACCUUUUUCCCUGUCUUUUGAGAUUUUUAUAUUAGUUAAAAAGAUACUUGACAGCCUUUAUAGUUUUUAUAUUUUAAGACUAUUUAGAUGUUUCAUAAUGAAUGUCAUUAAAAAGUAUGUAUAUUUUGCAAUAAAAAUGUAAUUUGUAUUUAAUGUACAUAGGAAAGAAAUUUUCUACUUUCAUCAUAUAAUAGAGCUGUAAACACUUUUCAGAACUACAUAUGGUCAUUUUUGUGACAUUUAUAAGCCAUCAUCAUACUUUAUUUAUCACACUGUUGCUCAUAAAAUGUGGUUUGUCCCAGAAAGAUUGAAAGCAAGUGUUAUAUUCAGUGGUGUACUUGUGUAGAUAUCAUUUGUUUCUGUCAUAUGUGUUCUAAAACUUUUAAAAUGUUGGGUUUUAUCACUUUUUGUAUGAGCAUUUAUUGUAUUUUUUAACUGAUUGAUAAUCUGGAUCACAGAAUUUCUCAUUCGCUCUCUCAGUAUCAGCUGAUUUUACUUCCUGUUAUUUUUGUUGCAAAAUUCUAUUGCUUUCUUAAGAUGUAAGUCAUUGCAUUAUAUUUCAGAUAUUGUAUUGCACCUUUGAUGUUCAUUUAUACGUAUCAUUCAUGGAAACAAUUUUGUGAAUUCUUUGACUAUCACAGACAUGUUGCGCUUUUUUUUUUUUUUUUUUUUUUUUUCUGUUUUAUUUGAAAUUUUGUCUUGUUACUUUAUUUGUAAAAAGUGAAUUUCUUCGUCUUCUCUAUCAGUUUUAGAUUUUAUUUAAAGAGCUAAAAUGUGCUGUGUAAUUUUUCGCACAAUUAUUUUCAUAACACCUGCAAGUAUUAGGUGUUGAUAAUAGGAGAAAGAAAGGUUUGGUGCUGUAUUUUAUUAAGGUGUGUAUCUUAAUAUCUCAGCUUUUAUUUAUGAAAGUGCACAUAAUAGAAGAUAAUCAUGUAAAUUAUGUGUUUAUGAUAUUUUCUGUUCCGUGUAAAGUAUUUUGUGCAUUAUUUGUUUGGCAGGAAUUUGAAUGUCCAUAGAGUAACAUCAAACUAAAUAAACAUCUUAAAACUCCAUGCUAAGAUUGUAAUAUUUAAUAUAAUAAUAGUAGCAUGAAGGCCAGAUGCAACUCAGUGCUGAAAUUUCAUAGAGCAAGAAAAUCUUUUGAACUGAGCAUAUGCUACUGCAUAAGAGUGCAUUGUUCUGUGAUAUUUUUUAUUCAAUGAAUAAUUCUGUGUUACAGUUUAAUGAGCAGUGGUAUGUACAUGCAGAAUAAUAAUUUGAAAUUUUAUGCUGCAUUACCAGUGCUUCAUACCAUUUCUGUUGUUGUAAAGGCAUGUGCAUUCAGUUUGCUACACAAAAUUUGUUUAAUCUAUAAUCACCAUAAUCUGUCUUUACCUUUAUUUACAUAUUAUGUACACAUUUGGGUCAUAACUACUUACUAUGAGUCAAACUUUCAUGUUACACUGUAGAUUAAUAAAUCUUGAUUUUGAUACGAGAUGUUGCCUGCAUAUUUGUUGUACACCUUUUUGUACUCCUUUACUAUAUUUGCCUCAUAACUAAACUAUACUGCCAUGCAUUUGACUUGUAAACAUGUUUUGUCUAUUUUGUUUAUGAAUAUGUGCAUCUAAUAAUAUUGCAUUCUUGUAUACAAACCUGAGUGAAGCAUUUUAUGCUCCUGAGCCACUUCACACAUGUGUUCAUAAAGAAAUAAGUAGAAAAUAAAUAUUCUUAUUUGUUAUUUUAAUCAAAAAUUUAAUUCCAUCUGUAGGUUUUUUAUAUUCUGCAAUGAAUGUUAAAUUAUCUUCCUUUCGCUCAUACUUUAUUUGUUAUGAACAAAACUAUGCUAAAUGUUUAUGAUAAAAGGCUUAUUGAAAUAGGACAUAUUUUGAUAAGUAAUUAAUGACAACAUCUGAAAUAUCAAUGAGUUUUGACUUAUGCACAAUAUUCUGCAAGUCAAAAUUUGUUGUCAUAAUAAUUUGUAGGUCCAAAUUUAUUCUACAAGUCAAAAUUUCUAGUCACUGCAGUUUAUAGUGGAUGCUAAGUAAUCUAGGAACUGUAUAUUUCUGUAGUUUUCAACUCAUCAUUUUAAAUCAUUAAGAUUGCAGCUUUACUCUGUUUUAUUAUUUGUAAUUCUUUAUUUACUUUGGUGUUCAUUUAAGAUGUGUGCUUCCACAAGAUGUAAUUAUUUUCACGUCAAUUCUAAUGCAUUUUAAGUGUAAAUUGUGCUGUGAUUUUUCUUUACAAGGAUCACUGGACUUGGUUUGAUGUGUGUAUAUUAAUCUUAAUAAGCUUGAAUUGAUAAAUUUGGUAUGUCAAAUUUAUUACAUUCAAUUUCAGUGUAUUUGUUUAUUAUUUUUUAAUUUAUCUUCCAAAAUUUGAAAUUCGUUUUGUAUUUCAUUCAGUUUUUGAAAGUUGAACUUUUUAGGGAGAAUUCUAGUUGCAUGACUUACAGCAUUUUACCUUUACAAAGUAUUGCAUCUAAUUUAUAAUUUCUGAAUUUCAAAAUUGUGGUUUCCUGUAUUAUAUGGCCGUGUUUUAUAUUUAUUUCAUCCCAUAUUAAUAGUUUUCAAGCAUUGGAAUAUUUAACUCUACUGCUUCGAGUAAUAUCUUUUAAAGUAAAUCUAAAAUAAAUUGUAUUAUUAUUAAAUUACUACUGCAAUAAAUGCAUUUAUCAAUAGUUCA